UUAGGUUUCAACCAAUCAAAAGCUUGUUAGCUGUAGUAAGGGGGUCACCAACUUACCGAGGGUGAGAGAGAAGAACAAAGGGAAAGAGCAAGGAAGUCCAGUUACCAACAGGACAAAUUGUAACACCUUUUUUACCAUCAGAGGCCAUGUCCGAUUCCGAAAAACAACCGGAGGAAAAGGAAGAACCAACGAAAAAUGUCAUCGCGACGAAAGUUACCGGCACAGUGAAAUGGUUCAACGUCAAAAGCGGAUAUGGCUUCAUCAACAGAGACGACACCAAAGAAGAUGUUUUUGUCCAUCAGACUGCCAUCACGAAGAACAACCCUCGCAAAUACCUCCGAAGUGUCGGUGAUGGAGAGAAAGUAGAGUUCGAUGUCGUAGAAGGAGAAAAGGGCAAUGAGGCAUCUAAUGUGACAGGACCUGAGGGCAACCCUGUCCAGGGCAGCAAGUAUGCCGCUGAUCGCCGUCGUUACCGAGGCUACUACAGAGGAGGACCCGGAGGCCGACGUCUCCCACCUUACCGCAAUGGUGAAUCGGUAGAGGGAGAAGAGACUGAGGAAGGAGAAGAGAGACAGAGGCGUCCUCCAGGAGGACCUCCUCGACGCAGGCCAUACCGUGGAGGAUACUAUGGUGGUUACCGUGGUUACUUCCGUGGGGGCAAUUUCCGCCGGGGCCCAAUGAGACCUCCCCCAAGGUACCAAAACCAUGGAGGACAGAUGGUGGAAGAAGAAGGACAGUACAUGGACGACCAAUUCCGUCGUCGUCGCCGACCAUUUGGCUACCGAUUCUACCAACCACGAAACCCAAGGUACUACGGUCAGGGUGGCGAGGAUGACGGAUCAUUCAGAGGACGCCCUUUCAGAGGAAGAGGGCGCGGAGGUCGAGGACGUGGCAGAGGACGUGGAAACUCGAGGAAGAGGGUAAACAGAGACAACCAAGACACUAACAGCCAGGAGGGAGGAGAUUCUAACGAUGCCGGAGCUGAAUCCUCGGGUGCAGGAGACGAACGAACCGACGGAGGAGAGCAGGCCGAGUAAGCAUCUCUUGCCGGCAACCAUCUUGCAUCACCAUCCAAGAACAUAUUAUGAUAAACCUUUGUUAUGUAGUCCAGCAGUCUAGACUCCUGCAUCUGUGUUUUGCUUUAAUCACAUGGCCUUUUUCCUUAUGUAUUUAAAAAUUACAAUCUUGACAUGGCCGACUUGAUGUAACCAUCGCAGGAACAGAUAGCGCCAGGUCUGAAAAUGUUCUCUUUUGUGUGUAGUAAGAAACACCAACUCACUCGACUAUGCAAAAAAAUAACAUGCCAUGAAAUGGAUAACUUUUCCUCCGAAGACCAACAGAAGAGAAAGGUUGAAAAUUUGUCUCUGAUGGCACACAUAAGAGAAAAGUUGAUAACUUUGACUCGGACGAUGAACUGAAGAGAAAAGUUGUUUGUGUGACUUUUACACAAUAAAAUUAACAUAAAAAAAUAUACAGUGAACAAAUGAAAUUUAUAUACUAAUGUUUUAUUAACUGGAAAAAAAAAGAGGAAUGAAGUGUAUUUCAAUUCCACACAUAUUUGAAGAAACUAUUUAACAAAAUAUGGCAAAUAUUGGAAUACAGAAAAGUUGACUGACUUGGUGUUGCACGUUUUAUUAUAAUACCAAUGUAAUUUGAUAGUGCUUAAAAAAUUGAAAUUUCUCACAGAGGUCUACAUCCGGUUUCUGUGUAGAUCCAAGAAUAUCCCAGGCGGCAAAUGAAAUUUUAUGCCUGAAAGACAAAAUUGUGCAUGAAAUAAACAUCUGCCUAAAAAAUUCA